AUGACUACCUGGAGGGCUCGGCGGGGAUUUAUUAUGACCCGCCGGGCGUCGGCUGAGGCUCAGGCUGCGGCGGCAAAGCAUGCGGCCCAGCCGUCGGUUCAGGCGUCUGGCAAGCGGCCGGUGUCGAGCACCGCAGAGCCUUCGUCGACAACUCCCGCUAGGCCGAUGGAAGGCCGACGCGGGGCGUCGGGGGGCUCAAAUGCAGCUCCGUCUUCCUUUCCACCGUCGCCUCCUGCUACUCCACCGCACGAGCCUUCGUCGGGUCCGACUCGCUUUUGUCGAUCUGAGUACUCGUCUUCUGGCGAUCGCACCAAGACUCCUUCGGCCUCCACCGUCGUCCCAGGGGCUCUCUAUUUCGCCCUCGAAGAUCUCGUCGACGGCGGUGUCAAGAAGGCGUUGCUUCAGUCGGAGGCUCGUCUUGACGAGCACCUGGACCAGCGGCUUGCAGAUCUCGGCCAGCUCAUGGUCGGCCUCGUCCGCAAUCCAAGUCUCCGUAUCGACGAAGACUUGGACCAGCGCCUUGCGGAGGCUCGGAGCCUGCGAGACGUCGUCCAAGCGGUGGCUCCAGACGCGCUUCCGAAACCUUACUGCUGGGACGAGAAGAUGGAAGAGCUGCGCCGUGAAGUCCAGCGAUUCCAGGACGCGGCUGUGGAGAGCAAGCGCCUGAGCGACAAGGAGCACCUUCUUCGUCUCAGGGCUGACCGACUGUGCGUCGCAGCUUCAGCCGAACGUAAUCGGUUGGACAGAGACCUCCAGUCUUGUCGUAAGGAAAGAGACUUCGCUAACCAGCGGCUCAACCUCUCGGCUCGAGCCCUCGCGCAGAGUGAGGAGAUGCUCGAUCAGCUGAGAGUCCAAGUCAAGGCGCUUGAGGACGCGGACAAGGCCACCCAGGCGGUGAUCGCACAGGACCGGCUGACGUUCAAGAACGGCUUGGUGCGAUACACCAAUACUGUCCGGGACUUCCACGCAUACCUCCAGCAUCUGGAAGAGCAUCGGUUCACACUGAGUCAGCUCGACCUUGGCGACGGCUCAACGUUGCCUCAAGUCCUGCGGACGUUCCUUCAAGAGUUCUGUUCCAUGGAGUUCGCACUGAGGGAGGCCACGUCCGGUUCCAAGCGCGACC